GUUUUACAUUGCUUGAAUAUUUAUAGUGCAAGAGAAAACAAUCUGGUACACUCUAUUCAUGGCAAAAGUAAGGCCUCUUUGAGUGUGAUACAAACCCCUCAAAAAGAAGUGUUUUUAUUAGCAUCUAGGAGAUCAUGAACGCAUUAGCGCAAAGUAUUAGUCCAAUACAAUCGACGAUUGGUCGCUUGCAGGACGGCCUCGAGACGGGCGCGUCCUCGUCCUCGACCACGAGCGGCAGCAACAGCAGCAGCAGCAGCAACACUGCCGCAAGACAGCUCGGGACAGCCUCAACCUCGACCACGGCCGCACUGAUUCUCUCUGUCAGCGGGGGUGACAACCGUGCCGGCCCGGGUGGCAGUAGCAGUGCCACCACCAGCACGACCCUCGUCCUCGGCACAACGACCGUCGGCGAGUCGCAGCACACGGCGGGCCACGACUUCCUGUCCACCUCGCUGGCGUCACCGGUCGCCUCGUCCGUAGCGGCCAAUUAUCUACUCCACCACUCGCACCACCUGCAUCAUCACCACCAGCAGCAGCAACAGCUCGAUCAUGGGUCGCUUCAUACGCAACAGCAGCAGCAGCACAAUCUGGACAGUCGUGGCGCAUCAGCAACGGCCAGCGAUGGCAACUCCACCGCAUCGUCCCACACGCUCAAUGGCAAGCAGCAGCAGCAGCAGCACCAACCUCACCCGCGCAAUGGAAGUAGCAGUGGACAGGCUCUCUCCAACUCCCCCGAACCAGCGGGAACACUUGCCCUGGCGCAUGUGAAUGCUUUCCACACGGCUUCUAACUCCUCCUCGACGGCGUCCGGUCUCACGAACGAUUUCUAUCCCGACUAUCGGAUCAGUUCCGGGUAUCGGCACCACCACCAUCACCACCAUCACCAUCAUCACCAUCCGCAUCAUGGGGCGCACUCGCGCGAUCUGAGCGCUUCGCCGCCGCCCAUUACCGCCGGCCACCUGCCCUGGACACCGGCCACGGCAGCGGUGGCAGUGGCCGCCGCCGGGACCUUCAUCCAGGAGGGCUGUGACAGUUACGGGUUGCGCCACGAGCACGGGACAAAAAACAUACGCAACGAGCGCUCGGCGUUUUUCGAUUUCGCGACUACCCCUGCCACCGCACAUCCGGCUGCCGCGGCCGCCGCCUACUGCUACCGGCUUUCCACACCACCGCAGCUAGUCAAGCGGGAACCGAGCGAUGUAUCAGCGGCCGCGGCUUGGCACUCCUACUCGGAGCGUAUGUUUUCCGACCCCCUGUACACCUCGCUCAAGCUACAGCAGAGCCAGCAGUCUUCCCCGCCCCAGCUCGUCCCACAACACUCCAUCUUUCCCGACUCGACCUCCCAUCUGGCGUCGGCCGCCGUGGCCGCAGCAUCACUGGAACAUCACCAUCAGCACUCCCUCACGAUCGGCGGUGGCCACCACGGUGUACCGCAGGGUGACAUUUCCCAUGCGACGGAUCCGUUUCACCAUCAAACGACCUUACCCAGCGGCACUGGUGGCGGUGGUGGACCUUACCCGUACCGUCAACCCUCCGAUAUUGUCACGUCCAGUGAAACGGAUUACUGUACCGGUGCGGGCGGUGGUGGUGGUGGUGGUGCGUCCGCUUCCAUCGCGAGCAUUACCACCACGACCAACCCAUCACCACUGGGCGCACUUCAACCGGCCAAUGGUACGCUCCACCAACGGCGAGGAUCGCUGCAGCUGUGGCAAUUCCUAGUCGCCCUGCUCGACGAACCCGCAUCCAGCGCCGGCUGUAUCGCGUGGACGGGUCGGGGCAUGGAGUUUAAGCUGGUCGAGCCGGAGGAGGUCGCACGGCGCUGGGGCAUCCAGAAGAACCGACCCGCCAUGAACUACGACAAGCUGUCGAGGAGUCUGCGCUACUACUACGAGAAGGGCAUCAUGCAGAAGGUGGCCGGCGAGCGGUACGUGUACAAGUUUGUGUGCGACCCGGAGGCACUGUUCAACAUGGCGUACGGGACAUCCGGUGGGCAGACGAAUGUUUCGUGUGGCGGUGGCACUACGGGAAUGGAUGGUCCGUUGUCACACGCGCCUCAUCACGGUGGGACCUCGUCUUCACCUAGCUGCGGUGGUCAUAAUGCAACCGGUGGGGGGCAAUUGGUUGGCGGCGAUGGGACGGAUGAGGUCGAUAGGCACGCGUACUUCAACGGGAGCUCGAGCGGGUACAACCAAAGCGGCUGAAACGAAACACGGUGGUGCUAUUGGUCGGUUUGUGGUGGCGCUUAAACUAUGAACAGAAUCACAUACGUACAUAUGAUGUUUGCUCAACGAGGGUGGAAGGUAGGCCACUGGAAGUGAGGCACUCAAAGACGUGGAUCUUGCUAGACACCCCUAUCCCCGGGUGUGAGUCUGUUCUACUGAAUGAAAAGCAAUAAAGAGUAUUUAACUGAACACUGGUUCAUGGAA